GCUUCUUAGUUUCAUAUGGUAAAAUUGGCUGUAAACUUUGAGAAUAAUCAUCAUUGACAUCAGCCACCUUCUUUUCUGCUUCAGAGGGGGUUACCAGAAACCAUUGUUGCUGUCCUUUACUUUUAGUGACCUUUAGUGUUGUUUUUGCAUAAUUUGAAAACAAUCUGAAAAUGGCUGCCGAGGGCUUCCAGUACCGUGCCCUGUACGCGUACGAAAAGGACAGGGAUGAGGACAUGGACCUGUUGCCGGGGGACAUCUUGACUGUCAACAAAGCAUCCCUGCUGUCACUGGGCUUCAAGGAGGGGGAUGAGGAGCACCCUGAGCGUGUGGGCUGGAUUGUAGGAAUCAAUGAGCGCACCAAGCAGAGGGGAGACUUUCCAGGGACCUACGUGCAGUAUGUGGGGCCUGUGAAGAUGUCUCUGCCGCCCAAUCAGCCUCGGUUCCAAAGACCCCUCCCGGCUGCCCCGAGACCGGAGCCACCUCCUGCACAGCAAGCUGUGUCAGUUCUGGAUUGGAGCAAGCAGUUUUCACUCUCAGAAAAUGUCCCCCUUGCACUGGUGAAGCUGGUGGAGGCCAUUGAAAAGAAAGGUCUGGACUGUGAGACACUGUACAGGACGUCUGGCUCCUUGGCUGCUGGCGGUACAGUACAGAGCCUGAAUCUCGAUCUGUCUGCAGCAGAGAUGGGGCAGUGUGAUGUACACGCUCUUUCAGAGGCCCUCAUCAGAUACCUGCAGGAGCUGCCCUCCCCGGUCAUCCCCUCCUCUGUCUACCAAGAGCUACAGGCUACCGUACAGCAAGGUACAGCUUCAGCAGUGGAGAGCGGCAAGGAGCUGAUGAAAGUGCUGGAGUCGCCCACCAUCCCCCUGCAGAACCUCCUCACUCUGCAGCACCUGCUGAGGCACCUGGACAGAGUGUGCCAGAGCUCGGAGAAGAACGGGCUGGACGCCCGCUCCCUCAGCCACAUUUUCGGCCCGCUGCUGCUCCACAUCCCAGGCACCGGGUUGGAAGCCGAUCAAGACCUCCCUGCACUGGUGCUAGAGAGACUGCUGAUGGAGAGGAGCUGGGAGCAGGAGCUUACACCCCCAGCACUUCCACCCAAGCCCCCAAAAGCCAAAGCUAUGACCAGCUCUGUCACCAAUGGCAACAGCACUAUACUGAGCGACUGUGAGUGGUACUGGGGUGACAUAUCAAGAGAGGAGGUGAAUGAGAAAAUGAGAGACACGCCCGACGGCACUUUCCUGGUCCGAGAUGCUUCCAGCAAAGUGCAGGGAGAGUACACCCUGACCUUGAGGAAAGGAGGAAACAACAAACUUAUCAAAAUCUUCCACCGGGGGGGCAAGUAUGGCUUCUCAGAGCCCCUGACGUUUGUGUCUGUGGUGGAGCUCAUCAACCACUACCGCCAUGAAUCGCUGGCACAGUACAAUGCCAAGCUGGAUACACGGCUGCUCUACCCCAUUUCCAAAUAUCAGCAGGACCAGGUGGUGAAGGAGGACAGCAUUGAGGCCGUGGGAGAGCAGCUGAAGGUUUACCAUGAGCAGUACCAGGAGAAAAGCCGCGAGUACGACAUCUUGUACGAGGAGUACACACGUACAUCCCAGGAGCUGCAGAUGAAGCGCACUGCCAUUGAGGCCUUUAACGAGACCAUCAAGAUCUUCGAGGAGCAGUGCGAGACGCAGGAGCGCUACAGCAAAGAGUACAUUGAGAAGUUUAACCGGGAGGGCAACGACAAGGAGAUCCAGAGAAUCAAAAAUAAUUCAGAGAAGCUGAAGUCGCGGGUCACGGAAAUUCAUGACAGCAAGAGGAAGCUGGAGCAGGACCUGAAGAAACAGGCUUCAGAUAAUCGUGAGAUUGACAAGAAAAUGAACAGCCUUAAACCUGACCUCAUGCAGCUGAGGAAGAUCCGAGACCAAUAUCUGGUGUGGCUUACACAGAAGGGCACCAGACAGAGGAAGAUCAAUGAGUGGCUGGGGAUCAAGAAUGAUUCUGAGGACUUAUAUUCUAUGAUGGACGAGGAGGAGGACACGCCACACCACGAUGAGCGCACCUGGUACGUGGGUGACAUUCAGCGCGCCCAGGCCGAGGAGCUGCUGAGGAGCAAGUGCGACGGCACCUUCCUCAUCCGCAACAGCCAAACGCAGAAGGGUUCAUUUGCCUGCUCUGUGGUUGUGGAAGGAGACAUCAAGCACUGCGUGAUCUACAAGACGGCCACAGGAUACGGAUUUGCGGAGCCGUACAACCUCUACAGCUCCCUGAAAGAGCUGGUCCUCCACUACAAGCACACCUCCCUGGUCCAACACAACGACUCCCUGAACGUAACCCUGGCCUACCCUGUGCUCACUCAACAUCCCAGAUGAGCAUCUCCAUAUAAGCUUGUAGAGAAGACGCCCAUUACAACAUGAAAAACAACACAAAAACAACAGCAUCAAUGAACUAUUGCAUUUGAAACAAGACAAUGAGUAAGCACAUGACUUCACUCCAGAGGCUGAAGGCGGAGAAGUGAAAGAAAACCAGGAAAGAACGUGAGAGUGGAAGUUUAGAGUUUGGCUUUGGCAUUCAGCACUCUGCACUCCAGUCCUAGACAAAGGUCCCAUGAAUCACACCAACAAGGAUGUCUUUGCCAAAGUACUGACUACACAUGAUAUCAAAAGAAACAUAGUCCUUGUUCUGGAGUCCCAGCACUGGAGUAGUUAGCCAUCUGUCUACAACAGGGUGUAGUUUUCUUGUGGAACCCCUAGAAAGGAGCAGGUUUGUUCAAAGUUUAGACACUUUUAAACCUGCUACUUGGAGCAGUAAAGGCUUC